ACUUCCAGUGGAUGCCCGUUCCCUCGACCGGACGAUUGCCGAAACCGCAUUGCAACGUGCUUAUGGCACAAUUGCGGGACUACUUGCACACUGCAGUACCAGCUCCGUUGAUGGACGCCAGAGCAGAGGUUGUCGACCUUCACGCUUUCAUCGCGAGGAUCGACCACGAGUUCAAGACGCAACGGUACGACGACAUCGACGCACCAUUGCUAUACAUACGCAUUCAGAUCGGAGAGGCGACCUGCAGUGCCUUGAUCGAUUGCGGAGCAUCUCGCAACUACAUCAGCCAGGACUUCAUAGUACGAGCCGGCCUUGGCCCACCUGUCCAGAGGAAGUCCCAGCCUACGCAAGUCACCCUGGCAGACGGUCAUACGCACAAGUCCAUCGACCGGUGCAUUGACGCCGUCCCAGUGUACUUUGCCCCUCACGCAAAUUCCACCCGACAAACGCACGAGUGCGACACAAGCACUCCCAUCCAUGUGGACGCCUCACUUCCAUUGGAUAACACAGCAUCCGGAUCGCGAGCUGCACCAACACCAUCAUCACAUGGAUUGAGGACCACCAUCACAACGUCUUUGGAUAUGCCAUGUGGAAUACGUGAACGUGUAGAAAGUGCAACAAUUGAUAUCAUCGGCGCAUGCACACCAUGUGCGUCCGACUUCCCAUCAGGAAAUAUCUCAGCGGACGGUAGCCACGACUGCGACAUUGGACCGCCGGGUGAUACAUACGACGACGAACACGCCGAGAUAGCCUCACUACGCAGAUAUAUGGCCUUCAGGAAUGCGACAUUCGUUGGACAGAGAUCCCAACGGCCUCCAAAGCUUUCAGACAGCGGACCGUCAACAACGAUCCCCGCACACGACAGGCACGGUCGGAGGCGGAGACAAACACAAAAGCAACCGUCUUAUGAAUCCUCUGACCGUGAGGCGUUCACAUCAGGCGAUGAUCUGACCAGUCCUUAUGGUGCGAUGUGGAGGGAUUUCAGACCGUUGGAAGUGGGAGGUCGUUAUGAGUCUAUGGAUGCGUUGCGUGACGCGGUGGUGUUUUGUGAUGUGGCAUCUGGUUUCGAGUUCCGCCUCAAGAGAUCGAACAAGACCAGGUACCAUGUCACAUGUGCUCACCCAGAUUGCCCAUGGACAUUGGAGGGUAAAGCAGCACAUGCUAAUGGACACACGGAGAUUGUUCGUCUGACUCCGCAUCGCCCUGGUUGUAGACAAUCAGUCCAUCCCGACCUGAAAUGCAAGAAACACGCGAAACAGAGGUGGGUGGAGCUUAUGGUUGAGAAGAAGUUGCGAGAGGACAUCGGAACGACUUCUACAAAGUUGAAGAAAUGGUUUGACAAGGCAGUGAAGACCCACGCCAGCUACAACAAGUGUUUGCGAGCGAGGACGUAUGUGCUUCGGACACUGAAUGGGCCUCCGGAGGACGGGUUCAGCGACUUGCGAAGGUACUGCAGGGUGUUGCAUGAAACAAACCCUGGAUCCAUCAUCGACCUUGAGUGCGAGGGCAACGUCUUCGUUCGCAUGUUUUUCGCGUUGGCCGCCUCUGUGACUGGAUUCGCACAUUGCAGACCUUUGAUUGUGCUCGACGGGGCAAACAUCAGAGGGAAAUACGAGGGAUGUCUUCUUGGCGCCACUGAUCGAGAUGCGAAUGGCCAAUGUUUCCCCCUGGCGUACGCGAUUGUGGAUGGCAAGAGGAAGACACAUUGGAAGUGGUUUCUCGUCCUCCUAAAGCGCUUGUGUGCUGUAGCGAAGAUGAACCACAAAAUCGUGACAAUAAUGUCGGACUGGGACAAAGGGCUCAUACCAGCAGUGAGUGAGGAGUUUGGGGAUGAGCGGCACACAUACUGUGUCCGCCAUGUCAGUGGGAACCUCCUGAAGAGCUUGAGGCUGAAAAAGGAACAGGCGGCGAUGCUCCUUGAAGCGGCGAGGGCGACUUGCGAGGAGGUUUUCGACUACUACAUGCAGCGUGUCACUGGAUAUUCGAGGCACAAGAACAUUGUCGACCAAAUCUUUGACAAAGCGGACAAAAGGCAUUGGGGAGGCCCCCAUUUCGUCUAUCCAAGGUAUGGUAAAGUGAUAUCGUCUGUAGCCGAGUCCAUGAACAGCAAGAUGUUGGAGGUUCGUGGAAAGCCUCCAAUACCAAUGCUCGAGGGGUACAGGGGAAUCGUGCAGACUUGGCAUACAGAGAGGAGAGAGAAGGCUGCUGCAGAGAGGGGCAGAUUCCCUUCGGUUGUGGAGAAGAUCUUGAGAGAGACUGUGGAGUUGGCGAGGAAGUAUGAAGUGCGAAAGGCAUCGCUCUUUUUCAGAAAUAAAUCCUGCGUGACACGACCGUGAGGUUCAGCCCUCCCAGCGGGGUGCGGGACCGCCGCGCGCAACAACAUGUAUGAGAUUGUUUGUGUGUGAGUGGCGGUAAAAAUCGUGAGACAACCAAGUUCAUAACAUCGUAGUAUAUUUUGCUUUCCUUUCUUUAAAAAAAGACGAUUUUUCAAUGUUGUUGUUGUUAUUGUUGUUGUUGUUUUUAAUUGUCUUAAAUACUGGAGUACUUGUCGGGGGACGAGCGACCUCCUAAAGUUGCGGCCGCUAAAGUGUCGCGACUGAAAAUAAAAAAACGUUGGCUGAGGUACCGGUGGUUUAAUAACAUAUGUUGUUUCUGCAAAAGAAAUAGGUUCAAAUAGCUACUUGUUGCUUAGGAACUUGAAGAAAGAAGAUAAAAUUGUACUCGAUGG